CUCCCUCCCGGGGCUGGACCCAGGCUGCGGGCAGCUGAGCGCUGGGGGCGGGGCCCGCCUGCCGGAAAUCCCGCCCCAGAAGCAGCACCACCGUAGUUAUGGUAGUUAUGGCGGCGCCCGGGCGGCGGUGGCCGGUGCGGCUGCUCCUUGCGCUGCGGCCGCUGCCCGUGCACCGAUCCUUGCACGCCGCGGCCCCGCCGCGGGACGUGCUGCUCUUCGAGCACGAACGGGGCCGCUUCUUCGCGGUCCUCAGGCUGUUCUGCGCGGGCCAGGGCGUCUUCUGGGCCUCCCUGGCCGUGGCAGCUUUGGCCCGACCCCCGGCCCGGGCGCUGUCUCCAGACGCGGAGUUCCCGGACCGCGGCCGCUCGGACCUGCGCUCCACGCUCUGGCGCUACGGCCUGGCGCUCGGCUGCGGCGCCAUCGGUACCCUGGUACUUGGUGCCGGUCUCCUCUUCUCCCUCCGUUCCGUGCGUUCAGUGAUGCUAUUGGCUGGAGGAAAGCAGGUGACCCUCACCACUCACGCUCCCUUUGGCUUGGGUGCCCAUUUCACCGUUCCUUUGAACCACGUAUCCUGCAUGGCCCACCGUGGUGAAGUCCCUGCCAUGUUGCCUCUGAAGAUCAAAGGCCGGCGCUUCUACUUCCUCUUGGACAAAGCUGGACACUUCCCCAACACGAAACUCUUUGACAACACUGUGGGUGCCUACCGCAGCUUGUGAAGAGACCACCGCGGAUGGCUCACCCCUCCCAGAGGGGAAUAAAAACCGGACCUCGGGGAUGGGGGUCACCCAAGGGGGCCCAGGGUUCAUUAACAGCAAAUAAAAGAGCAGUCAUCCCAAAGGCAGCCGACAGUACCUCUGACUUUUGGUUCCAUGUCUGUUUGGC